AUGUUUUGUAAAAAUUUUUUGAAAAUUCUAAAUUUUUCAGUUAUGGAAGAUAUUAAAAGUACUCUUUACGCCGUUCUAGGCAAAAGAAAGCUUGGACAGCCCAAAUAUACUUUUAGUCAAGGCAGUAAAGGACGUCAACGAUUUUUAUGUCAGGUUAUGGUUGAUGGAAUAAGUUAUGUUGGAUUCGGAAACUCAACCUCAAAGAAAGAUGCACAAUCAAACGCCGCCAGAGAUUUUGGACAAUUCUUAGUUCGUGAAGGGUUGGUAACUGCUCAAGAGCUUCCUCAACUGCAAGUUCAGCCGUCAGAUUUAGAAGCUACUAAUCCGCAAUAUCAAAUAGACGUGAAAGAAGGAACUUCUGCUCCCUUACCUCAUCAUGUUGAUUUUACAAAUGAUGAUAUGCUGACAGGAAAACCAGAUUUUCAACGCCCCAAAACUUUCCAUGAUCAAUAUAUCGAGCAAAAAGCCGAAGAAAUUUCUCAGGUUUUUUCAAACAUUUUGCUAUACUAUGUUUUCAUUUAG